AUGGCUUUGAAAAGAAGAACAAGCUGCUCCAGGGGUGCUCUUAGGGCCAAAUGUGUGUGGCAUGUCGAACCGAUUGAAAAGGUAAAGCCACUGACGUACACUACUGAUGACUACAACAAGCAUCUUUGCACUGUUCUUCAUCCAGAGCUGGCCAAGUAUUACAAAAAUCGAUUUUCGCUGUUUUCUCUCUAUAAUUCGGGCGUUGUUCUUGACAAGGAGGGGUGGUAUUCGGUAACUCCAGAGGAAAUUGCCAUUCAGCAGGCAUCUCGCGUGAUGGAGUCAGACAUUGUCGUUGACCUUUGUUGUGGGUGCGGAGGUAACUCGAUCCAAUUUGCUCAGCGGGCCCUGGUCACUUUUUCUGUUGACAUUGACGCUACUCGUCUUUGUUUGGCUCGAUAUAAUGCCAAUAUUUAUGGAGUUGCAGGCAAAAUCCAAUUUAUCCAAUCAGGCUGGCUUGACCUGAUCCAAGCCGGUCCUACUCGCCGACACUGGGCUGACGUGGUGUUCAUGAGCCCGCCAUGGGGAGGCAUUUCUUACAUGGAGGCCACGGAGUUUGACAUCCAUGGCCUAUUUGAUGGCAUUACGCUUGUAUCGAUACUGACGAGCCUUUCGCAGGUUGCACCUAAAGUAAUUAUUUUUCUUCCUCGAAAUUCGAAUCGAUCCUGUGUGGUCGAAGCAGCAAGAGCUUCCGGCGCAAUCGAUCUCGAAAUAGAGGUAAAUAGGAUCGGAAAGUUCGAAAAGGGAAUAACGAUUUACUUGAACUAUGCCAUCUAA